CCUCGAGGCGCGAGUUCUGCCGCAAAGUGCUGCGAAAGUGCCCAUCGGGGAGAUGACACAGAGGCAGCCGCCGCGGCAGCGCAGCACUUUGACGCAGCGGCCGAUCAGCGGCGAGAUCUGCCGCGUAUAAGACGCGCACUCCCCCGCACCCUUCUCGCCCACCCCGCAACCACCCCGCAAACACACCCCGCACUCGCCACCACACAGCACACAAGCAUGGCCGGCGACCGCAUGCCCUCCGUCGAGGACAAGACGCCCAGCAUCGAGGAGAAGCAGGCCACGUACGCGCACACGGCCGACGCCGAGACGGGCUACUCGGACAAGGAGCGUCCCGUCGACCUCACCAAGCCCAACGUCGAGGGCCGCCUGCGCAACCCGCUCAGCGGCGUGCCGCGCCAGACGCUGCUGCGCGAUGUCGACGCCUUUGUUGCCGAGAAGGGCAUCGAGGAGGAGCGCGAGCUCUUCCACAAGGCCGCCCUCGUCGCGCAGAGCCCGACGCGCUACAACGACCUCGACAUGCUCGACGACGCCGACCGCAACAUCCUCGAGCGCGAGCAGACGCACCGCUGGUCUCACCCUGUGACGCUCUACGUGACGAUCCUCAUCUGCUCCGUCGGUGCUGCCACGCAGGGCUGGGAUCAGACGGGCUCCAACGGCGCCAACCUCUCGUUUCCCGCCGAGUUCUCGCUGGCCGGCACGGAGCGCGGCGAGUGGCUCGUUGGCCUCAUCAACGCCGCGCCGUACAUCGCGUCGGCUGUGUUCGGCUGCUGGCUCUCGGACCCGCUCAACAACUUCUUCGGCCGCCGCGGCACCAUCUUCAUCACGGCACUCAUCCUCAUCGCCACGCCCAUCGCCUCUGGCUUCACGCACUCGUGGCAGACGCUCUUCGUCGUGCGACUCAUCCUCGGCAUCGGCAUGGGCGCCAAGGGCGCCACUGUCCCGAUCUUCGCCGCCGAGAACAGCCCGACGACGAUCCGCGGCGCACUCGUCAUGAGCUGGCAGCUGUGGACAGCUUUCGGCAUCUUCCUGGGCUUCUGCGCCAACGCCGCAGUCAUCGACACCGGCGCAAUCGCAUGGAGACUGCAGCUGGGCUCGGCCUUCAUCCCUGCCGUGCCGCUGGCCCUCGGCAUCUUCUUCGUGCCCGAGUCGCCCCGCUGGCUGAUGAAGAAGAACCGCUAUCAGGAGGCGUACAAGUCGCUGUGCCGCCUGCGCUUCACUCGCCUGCAGGCUGCGCGCGAUCUCUACUACAUCCACGUCCAGCUCGAGGAGGAGAAGAAGAUCAUCCAGGGCGCCUCGUACAUUCAGCGCUUCACCGAGCUCUUCACGAUCCCGCGUGUGCGCCGCGCCACGCUCGCCGCCUCGACGGUCAUGCUCGGCCAGCAGAUGUGCGGCAUCAACAUCAUUGCAUUCUACAGCUCGACCGUCUUCGUGCAGGCCGGCUCGACUGAACGCCAGGCGCUCUAUGCCUCCAUCGGCUUCGGCGCUGUCAACUUCGUCUUUGCCUUCCCCGCCCUCAUCACCAUCGACCGCUUUGGACGUCGUUCGCUCCUUCUGUUCGCCUUCCCGUUCAUGGCCCUGACUCUGCUCGGCGCCGGCCUGUGCUUCCUGGCGCCCAACAUGCCGAACCCGGACUACCCGGCGACCUCCGACCUCGCCGAGAUCGCGACUAAGGGCAAGCUCGCAGGCAUCGCCCUCUUCAUCUACAUCUUCACGGCCUUCUACAGCACGUCCGAGGGCCCCGUGCCCUUCACGCUCAGCGCCGAGGUCUUCCCGCUCGCGCAGCGCGAGCAGGGCAUGUCCUGGGCCGUCGCAACGUGCCUCUUCUGGGCAGCCGUGCUUAGCAUCACAUUUCCAAGAAUGUUAUCGCAGAUGAUGCCCGUCGGCGCCUUCUGCUUCUACGCUGGCCUCAACGUCAUCGCCCUCGUGCUCAUCUUCUUCUUUGUGCCCGAGACGGCCGGCCGCUCGCUCGAGGAGCUCGACCAGGUCUUCAACAUGCCGACGGCGACGUUCGCUCGCCACCAGGUGCGCCACAGCCUGCCGUACUUCUUCAAGCGCUUCGUGUGCUUCAACAAGAACGCCAAGCCCGUGCCGCUCUACAAGACCGACGACGGCCAGGAGUUCCUCGGCUGAGCCGUGUCUCUUGCGACGCUCUGGCGCUCUCGCGUGUGCGCCGCUCGCUUCUCCGUCACGCGUCACUGGCCGCUCCUGUCUCUUGCGCCUCUGCUCCAUACCCCUUCCGCUCCGCUCUCUUGUCUGCGGCUAGACUGUGCGG